AUGGCGUCGGGCUUCAUUGGCAUCUCGGUCGUCGUGACGCUGCAGAACCCGCCAAACACGCUCGUCCACGGCGUGGUCGCGGCUGUCAACCCGCAGAAUGCCACCUUGACCCUGCAGGAGGUCUUGUUCCCGGCAACGGGCCACCGCCUCAACUCGUACAAUGUCGAGGGCCACGCCAUCGCCGACAUCAAAGUCAACGUGCCCGCGCCCGCGCCCGCGCCUGCCGCUCAGCAGCCCCCUCCGCCCCCUCCGCCCCCUCCGCCCCGCUCGAGCGCUCCCCCGUACGCCCCGUUUCCGUCCAAGCACGCGCCGCAGCCUCUGCGACAGCCCACGCAAAUCCAUGGCAGCCAGCCUGCUGCCCAGCACCACGCCAGCCAGGCCGUUCGUCAGCCUCGGCCCGCGCCUCCGCCUGCACCCCGUGCGCAGCCCGCCUCCUUCGUCGAUCCCGCCAUCCUCAGCAUGGGCAGACGUCCCCAUCCCGCCCCAGCCUCCAGUCUACCCGUGACUGCGCUGCCUCAGGAAGCCCCAGCGACCCCCAUCAAGCCCCCCCACGCCACGGCCGCUGCACACGUCCCCAAGGCCACGUCCCCCUUCAUCGCGCAGGCGAAGCGUGGCAGUGCCAGGAAGCAGAGUGCUGCAACCCUGGCCGGCCCAUUCUCGUCGCUCGAUAUCGCGGAUGCCGACGAGGCCGACAGCGAGACCAAGGCAGCUGCGCCCUCGGCCCGGCGAGCGAGCAUCAACAGGACACGAAACGGCAAGCCCAUGGAGGAUGCGAGCCCACAGAAGAACGACGAUGGUGGCAAGAGGACCAGGCGGGGCGGCAAGUCUCGUAAGAAGGAGCUUGCUGCACAAGAACGGCGGAACGGCGGCGACAACCCGACCAAGGGCAACGGCUGGAGGAGCACGCCGAUGCUCCAGACUGUCGAGGAGCCUCAGACACGCACCCCAGGUGUCAUUGCAGGCAGGGUCGGGCUCGAGGCUGCCAAUGCCUCGCUGCGCAAGUCACGGCGACAGAAAGCGCUCGACGCCACAAACGGCUGGGCCACUGAAGAUGCCACCGACGUUCAGGACAUGCCCGACUUUGAUUUUCAAGCUAACCUCUCCAAGUUCGACAAGCGCACCGUCUUCGACCAGAUCAGGAACGAGGACACGACUGCAGACGAGGACCGCCUGGUCAGCUUCAAUCGUCUUGCACGACCAGGCACACAUGGCGGCAAGAACCUGCACCCCACGGAGAACGUGCUAGAUACGGCGAAGCUGAAAAGCUCUUCGAGCACCAGUUCCGAGCAAGAUUCAGAUCUUGGAAGCCGCAACUCCAGGCGCGCCAUGUCACGAGCUUCCGUCUCUGUGAAGAGGGCGCCGACGAGACAAGGUAGCGGAAUCCAAGCCGGCCAUUUGGAGAUGCUAGGUUCUGGGCUGCUGCCACGCACGAAUCGCUCUCUGAUCGGUACCCAAUAUGCUUCGUCGCAUGGCGCUACUGGAAGCCCGAAAAUGGGAAAGAUGGCCACACCACCAGAUUCGCCGCUCGACUCGAGCUCAAAGGGAUGUUUGCGUCUCGUCACAAACAACCGCAAGUGCCACACGAUUACGCCUGGGGGUAUGCUCGCGGUGGAGGAGAUGGCCGAAGUCGAGUUUGGCCUUACCGAGGAGCUCAUCGCGGAGAGCGCUGGACGCGGCAUUGCAGAAGUCACCCUGAAGACCAUCAACCCCGGCGGCCAACGCCUCUCACGCGAAAACCCCAACGCGCGUCCCGUCAUCGUCGUUCUCGCGGGCAACCACCGCGGCGGCGCGCGAGCCAUUGCAGCAGCGCGGCAUCUCCUCGCCCGUGGACCAAAAGUCAUGGUCGCGCUGCUCGGCUUCGAGCGCAACGCGGACUGGGACCGAGACGUGAGACGGCAAGUCGAUCUGUUCAAGAAGCUCGGCGGCUCGGUGCGCACCUGGGCUGACACGGAGAAUGGGCUCAAGCGUCUGCAAGCGCCGCCCGAGCUCAUCAUCGACGCGCUUCUCGGACGCCACAAGGAGUUCGACGCCCUUGGCGAAUCGGACAGGUCAAUGGUCCUCAGCAUCGUGGGCUGGGCGAACAAAUCCCGCGCUGCUGUGCUCGCCGUCGAAACCCCGUCCGGCGUCGCUGGGUCGACUGGCGAAGUCGCUAUCCUCGAAGGCGAACCGCUCGAGGUCCGGGCCAAGUACAUUGUCUGUCUCGGUGCACCGCGGAGCGGGCUCGUCAGGGCGCUUCAGAACGGCGCGGGACAGGAUCCCGCGUGGUCAGUCUGGCUGGUCGACAUCGGCGUCAACAAGCCCUGGCGGAACGCUGGAAUCAGCGGAGGCAAAGGGAUCAAGUUCGACGAGCAUUGGGUUGUGCAGGCAACAUUCGUCGUUGAGAAUGAUGGGCGGGCGUAG